AUGGUUACAGAUGAAGAUGGAGUAAAGCGAUGGAAGAGGGUCGAAGUGAGGCUCAAAGAUCAUGUCCAUGUUCCGGUUUUCGCCAGCGGAAUGUCAACACAAUUUUAUGAUGAAUGUCUUGAUAAUUAUCUUUCAAAAAUGGCAAUGGAACAACUGCCUCAAAGCCAACCAUUAUGGGAAUGUCACGUAAUAAAAUACCCCACAAGUCAUGCAGCUAGUAACAUAAUAUUCAAGUUUCACCACUCACUUGGAGAUGGCUUCUCUUUAAUGGGAGCACUCCUUUCUUGUUUAAAAAGAGCUGACAAUCCUUCUCUACCCUUGACAUUUCCUUCUGUUCAAUUGCACACCAAUAAGAAUGGCAGAAAUUUUAGCAUGUUCAGGAAUGUGCUUAGAAUUUUCUCUUUAGUUUCCAACACUGUAUCAGAUUUUUGUUCAAGCGUUGUAAAGAGUUCUUUGGUUGAAGAUGACAAGACACCAAUAAGAUCCGGGCAUUCUGGAGUAGAGUUUCUUCCUGUUUCCAUAGCAACAAUGACUUUCUCUAUUGAUCGUAUUCAGCAAAUCAAGGCCAAGCUUGGAGUGACAUUAAAUGAUGUGAUUACCGGAGCAAUAUUCUUGGGAACUAGGAUGUACAUGGAAACAACGAGUCAAGGAUCAGGCAACGCAUGUAGUACAUCACUGGUUCUGCUUAACACAAGAAUGUAUGGAGGCUACAAGUCAGUUCAAGAAAUGCUAAAACCUGAUGCUGAGUUGCCUUGGGGCAACCAUUUUGCCUUCUUGAACAUACCAAUUCCCAAGUUAAGAGAUGCUGAGGAAGAGAAAGAUCCCCUACAAUUUGUCUUCAAUGCAAGAAAAAUCAUCCAGAGGAAGAGAAGCACUUUUGGUGUCUACCUCACAGCCAAAUAUCUUCAACUUGUUGAGAAAUUUAGAGGUUCAAAGGCAUGA